UGAUAAACAGAAAAUAAUUAUUUAUUAAGGAGACUAACUGUGAACAGAAAUACAUUUUAUAUUUCCUAAUAAGAUUUAUACAUAACUACAAUGAUCUAUUUGGAUGGAAUAAAAGAAAAGAAUUUGACUUGAAAUUUAAUACUUUAAUUAACAAUAAUAACCAAUUCAUUGUCAUGUAACAACGAAUAUUUUAAUAGUUUUACUCUAAAAUUUAUUAUAUUUAAUACAGUUUAAGGCAGGUAUGUAAAUUCACUUGUAAACAGUACAAAUGAAAUAAUCACAUCUAACUCUCACUCUUUUUAUCUAUCUUUCAGAGUAAAUAAAUAAUCACUGAUCUAAACAACUAAAUAAACAAAUAAAAAUAUUCCAUGAAGUUAUUCGACAACUCAAGAAUUUGCUGUUAUCUCAUUUUUGUAAAAUAAACACAAAUAAAUAAUGAUUUAUAGCCAAAUGAAAUAAACAAUAACUGACUUUGUCUAAACGUUUCAUUGUUUACAUAUAUAUGAUACUAAAUCCUUUUGUAAGGGUUAUUUACACUAGUGACUAAUUCACUAUCGAAAUAAUAAUAUCAAUGGUUGUGGGAAAAUUAAGCAUAAGGAAUAUAAUUUAACAAACCAAAAGGAUUGGAAGAUGAGGAGUAAAGAACAAUAUCAUGAUUAAAGAUGUAUACAUUCCAAAUGAAACAGAUUACAAACCACACCUUUUAAAGUCUUUAAUCAUAGAUUACGACUAUGCCAAUUACUCUAACCAAAAAGCUUGUACAUAAUAACAUGGCUUAGAUCAACGGUUGAUAAAUUCAUGAGCUGUUAUCACGUUACGAUUAGCUUUUUAGUCAUUACAGUACUCACAAAAUCCACAAUAUAGUGGGAUUCCAGAUAACUGGGUUUUACAUUAAAAUAAACAUUUUUGUCUAGCAUAAUCUAUAAGUAGUUGAAAAAUUCAACAAAUACUUUUUUUCACAUAAAACGUUUGCUUAUCCAAAAUAUUUGUGUUUUUCUCAUCUUUCCCAAUAGUUUCGUUGUUGUUGUUGUUGUUACCGCCUCUGUUACUGAUGUUGAAGGUGGUAGUCAGAAAAAUGUACAGAAAAAAUUGUUACAAAAAGAAAUCAAUAUGGAAUAAUGGGAAAAAAAAUUGAAACCGAAAACAAAACAGACUGGAAUUUAUGAUUUUUAUUUGAUCGGAUUCGAAAAGAAGAAUAAAAUAGAAUAAGGAUUUAGUUACCACAAAAAGAAAAGUAUAUAGAUUAGAAUAUUCCUAGAAAGAUUAAUGAUAAACUAUCUUUUAAUGUAAUAUCAAUACUUAUUAAAAAUUAAAGCCGUCAACUUUAAAUCUAGGCUUUAAUAAAAUUUUCUGCAAAUUUAGUCGUAUUCUUUGUGCGCAUACAUAUAUUACUCAGUCGUUAUUUAAAAAUAUGUUCGGUACUAAUAAUUAAUGUACUUCUGUUCAAAUUAAUGCUGUUUCUUAUCCUAUUCUCCCACUCAUGGAUUCAUAUAAAACGGAGUUUCAGUAAAGGUUUAUCCUAUAGUAGUCUAUUAAUUACUAAAAAUGUGAUAUUUCAGUAAUAUAGUACAAACUAGACAGGGGUUGUUAGGAUUAUUAAUAAGAAGUAUUGCAAAAUUAUGAAAAACGAAAAGUUAUUCCAUUGAAAUAAUAUUUCUGUACGUUUGUUCUAAAAUUAUACCCUGAAUUUAUUUUUCAGUUCAUUGAUUAAGCUGAUGAAUUGACAUUCAACUUAUUUUAUCCACGAUUAUUCAAUCUUUUGUUGUAAUACUAUGCAAGUAAAGCUUUAAUUUAUUGUCAAGAAUGUGUGAAUAAAUCCAGAUUCAUAAAUUUACAGUGAUAAGUUAGUGUCUCUUGUAUAAAUAGACUAAAUAAAAAUGUUCUGUAAUAUUGUCUGAAACAAUUGUUAGUGUUUCCAUUUUUCAAAGAAAGGUUUAUAUUCAUUUCAAGUCAUAUUUAAUAUGUACCGAAUGAAGUUCAGAUUAGUCAUCAGAUUGAAUUAUUCAUUACAAAUUCUUUCAUCGUCUUGACAGUUAACAUACUUUACAUAACCAGCUGUAAAAACAAAUAAUUUAUAUUUAUACACUUAAACUGUGUCGAAGAUGUAGACUAAUUCUGAGAUAUAAAUACAUUUACGUAAUCAGUUCCCAAAUCAGUCCAUGUAGUUACAUGUAUUUUUUUAGGUAUUAUACUCUCUAACCAACUUCUGAUUUACUGUCAUUAAUAUUACAACUAUUAUUUAUAUUAUGCUACCGUUCAUUCAAAUACAAUAACGAUUCGUUCUUUGUAACGUAUAUUAUUCAACCGUUAUAAUUAAUAAUAAAAUCCUACAUAGAAUAUUAAUAAUUCGGUUCACACUUGACCUAUUUAAAUAAUUAUUUAUUUAUUUGAUUUAAAAAUGACUGUUUAUCCAUAGUGAAAUCAUUUUUUAUUGAUCAGAAGGAUGUAUAUUUAGUUGUUUAGUCAACAUUUUCUAUUUGCGGAAAAUUAUAUUAACAUUUAUAUGAAUAAAAUAAUUUCAUAAUAUCAGUUAACUUGUGAAAUAAUAAUGCAUUGUACAAGUUUAUUAGUAUUAAAUUUUCUAUUAAAGAUUAAUUUCUUUUAGGGAUUGUCAACUACACUUCAUUCAACUGUAGUUAUCUCAUUUAAGUAUUUCAAUGAUAUCUAUCCAUUGAAUUAAUUUCAAUUGUAAAUGUACGAUUUAAAGAGAUUGUAAUUCUCUGUGAAUAACAAUCUAUCGAAGCUCAGUUAGUGUUUUUUUAUCACAAUUUCUUCAGAUUAAUAAUGAUUGUAAAUUUCAGCCAUUAACCUAUAAUUGAAUGUUUAGUAAAACGAUAUACAGAAUAUUCUAAAUAAUUUUGAUAAUAACACCUCACUUGGUCAGUAUGAAGGUCAGAAAAGAAGAAGAGUAGUUGGAAAAUGUAAAUCAACAAGAUAGUAGUAAUAUUGUAGAAUAUACUAGAACAUAGUCAAUAAAUGACUGAGAGCAAAUGGUUAUUUGAAAGUGCUAAUAAGAUAUAGGAUUACCAAUAGAUCACAAGGAAUCUAUUACACCGAAUAAUUUGACAAAAUGACCAAUAACACAAAUAUUUAAUAUCCUCAGUUCGCAUGAAUUAGAAAAAUAAUUUAAGAAUAAGAAAAUCUUAUUUUUCUAUGUAUAACAAUUAAUCACUGGAGGUCAGCAUCAAGUCUCAACAAACAUAAUCAUGCAAAAAAUUUAUUUCUAUUAGACCAUAUGAUAUUAACUCCGCCAGUAGCUCUCCUAGAGUUACUCUCCGUCCCAAGCCCAGGUAAAGGAGGAGGGUUGGGCAUGAGUCAGCAACCCCAUCCCAUAGAAAAAAUCUAGCUAAAAAACGCUAACCAGAUUAGACCAUUUAAACUCUGCCCUCCGAGCUGAAGGAAGAAUUAUGACGGCUCAGAAUGAAAGCUGAAAUUCUUCGGAAGUCACGAAGCCGAUGCUCCUUCUAACAACCAAAGCAACAAUUUUUAUCGGUACAUGUAACGUCCGCACAAUGUAAGACGGACAGGACCAGUCAAACACCUACGGAAAUGAGGAGAUACAAAUUGGCGAUUCUUGUAACCAGCGAAACCUAUUGGACCCAAGCUGCACAGCAAAGGCUAGAUAAGGGAGAGAUGCUACUAUACUCCGGUCAGGAAGAGGAGUUGCUCUCCAAAGAACCACGACAUGAACUUACAGGAUGGGAAUCUCAUGGAUCUAAGAUCAUCAAAGCACCAUUCAAUACAAGGAAAGAUGGAAUUACAAUGAAUGUUAUCAGAUAUUAUGCACCCACCAAUAAUAGCAACGACGACGAUAAAGACCAGUUUUAUAGGAGGCUGCAACCGAUCACAGCGAAGUGCCUAAGAAAAGACCUGACCAUCCUGAUUGGAGACUGAACCGCCAAAGUUGGAAUGGACAAUAAUGGGGUAUGAAGAUAUCAUGGAAAGACAUUGACAGAGAGAAAGGAACAGGUAUGGGAAGAUAUUUGCGGGUCAAUCUGCAUUCAACAAAUUGGUUAUAGACGGCACAAUAUUCUCACACCAACGGAUGCACAAAGCUACAUGGAUUUCACACGACUAUUCUACUGAGAACCAGAUCGAUCAUGUUUACAUCGGUAAAAAAAAUUCGGGAAGACAAUGGAAGAUGUGAGAACCAGGAGAGGAACUUACAUACCUCCAGAUCACCACUAGCUGGUGGUUGCCAGGGUGAAACUGAAGCUAAAGAAGUACUGGACAACUGGGGAAACAGCAUUAUGAAGGUUCAAUGCAGUUAUCCUUCGAGAUACUGACAAACUCAACGAAUUCAUGAUAUCUCUCAACAACAAGUUCCAAGCCUUACAGGAUCUACUGAAGGAAGAAACUACUAUGGAGGAAAACUGGAAAGGUAUCAAAGAAACAUUAACUUUAACGUGCUAGGAGAUGCUGGGCCACAAGAAGCAACACCAUAAGGAAUGGAUCUCUAAGGAUACCGUGGACAAGAUUCAAGAAAGGAAGAACAAAAAGACAGCAAUUAAUAACAGACGAACAAGAACAGAGAAAGUAAAGGCACAAGCUGAAUACACAGAAGCAAAUAAGCAAGUGAAGAGCAUUAGAACUGACAAGCAGAAAUACGUGGAAGACUUAACAACGACAGCGAAAAAAGCUACAACAGAAGAAAAUAUGAGACAACUAUACGACAUAACGAAGAAACUACCAGGGAAAUAUAGUAAACCAGGGAAACCGGUAAAGGACAGAAAAUGAAAGACAAUCACUGAGGUUUAAGGCUAAUCCAAUGGAGUUCUUAUUAACAGAAAUGAGAAAAUUCAAGCUCCUUAAAUAACUUCGUACCAGCUGCACAAGCUAAUGGUUACCUAAGCUCAGUAGCUUACUAUAUAAGAUACCUGUAAUUGAAGCGACAAGCAAUUAACUAACUUAAAACAACUAUGGCUAGUUUCAUACGAUUGAAUCCUAAUCAUAAGAAACCAAUAAAGUUUUACGCAGAAUCACUUAAAUUUCUACAAAAUAAAACAAACAUCAGACUCAUUUGAAUUUAUACUAAAACAGUAAAGAUGGCAAAGACAAACUUCUUGUAAAAUCAUUGAUACAUGGGCUUAAAUUGUGUACUGUACUGAAGUAUAUAUUAAUACUUAUUCCGAGGGCUAGCAAUAACAAGGAGUGUGAACGGGCUAUUCACAUUUUUUGACCCAUUAACAAACUCGAGUGAUAAAAAAGUGAAAAUUUACCAAUAAUGAAAGCAACAAAUUUACUUAGCCUAAUGUCGAAUCAUGUAAAAGUUUAAAAAUUCAUGGGGUCGUUUUCGUUUCGAUUCUCCAAACCAAUUUCAAAGCUUUCUUAAGUUUUUUGCAUCCGAUACGAUCAAUAUGGAUGACAGAAUACAGUGAAAAGUUCAAAUAUAUUGUCAUUCAGGUGACUGAUAGCAGAACGCAAUAUCGUAUAACAAUUAUAUUUAAACAUAACAAACAGAUACUUCUUAAAGGUAGCUGCUUUCUAACGGAAAUGCUACUUAAAUAGUAUAAUCUUUGUGAACAGUAUUGGUUUGAGCAUAGUUUUUAAAUUAAAUUUAAAAGUGGAAUUCGGCUGUACUGAGCUUACCAUUUUGGAUAGAAUUUGCAAUUUCUCGAAAUAAAUAAACAAUUAUCUAGGAAAAUAUCCUGCAUCAAAUGAAAAGAACAAUGCUGAAAACGUCCGAAUAGUAUCUAAACUUUAUGGAAUGUAAUGAUCCUAUACUUUAAUUCUAAAGUAAUUUAUGGUUUCGUAUAUAACGAUCGGUUACUUCUCCUUGACUUUUAACCACUAGUAUAGUAAGCUCAGUGUCUAUGGAAGCUAAAUUUAAGUAAACGUAAUAACACGAAAUGCAAAGAAUAUUUUAGAAAAUAAUUGUUUAGUAUGAUUCCAUUUCAAAAAGCUUUACUGAAAGGUGUUAUUAUUAUUGUUAGUGUGAAACAGAACAAAAUUUGUACUAAGAUAUUCAAUUUUAAAUUAUAAUUUGUUAAGAUUUCAAUGAGAUGUCAGUUAGGGAAACAUUUAAAGCAAAAAUAGGUGUUACCCAUUUUGUCCUUAUUUAAAUCACUUCAACAACCUGCACCCAAAAUAUUACACAGCAUUAAACCCAAAAGUUCCAUUGGAAUCGAACAAAUAGGUGAAAAGUACUUAAACUCAUUUGCACUGUUACUAGAAGCUACCAAACUUGUAUGAUAAGAUCGAAUCCAAAAUAAUCUAUCGACUAUAGCUAAAUAUAAAAUUGUUAGUAAAACUUGAUUAGGUACAAAACAGAAGAUUAUCUCUCUUUGACCGUAAUUUUAGAUCACAAUAGCGAGCAUCUUUUUAAGUGAUAAUUACCGGGAGCUCUUCCAACUCAUCCGAGCCACUGGCAGCAAGAAGUCUGGUGUGAGCGAAACAAUCUACGGCUCUUUUUAAAGAUGGUGAUGACUUUUUGACUAAGGAAUUGACGACGUUGUUUACAAAGGUUUGGGAACUAGAGAGUGUAGCAACGUCAUGGAAUGAGUCGAUAGUUGUCACUAUCUUUAAAAAGGGUUCACGUCGUUCCUGUAACAACUAUCGGGGGAUAAGUCUACUUCCGAUUGCGUCCAAGCUAUUGGCUUCCGUCAUGCUUCGUAGGUUGUUCAAAACCUGAGAAGCAUUGACUCGCGAGGAGCAGGUUGGUUUUCGUUCUGGUCGAGGAUGUAUUGAUCAUAUCUUCACCCUUCGCAAAAUGUUAGAACACCGUCAUACUUAUCAAAGG